AUGAGAUCAACGAUUAUUGCUGACAACAUCACCCCUGAAGAUAUGAAGGCAAGGGCUAUGAUUUUCAUCAGGAAACAUAUGGAGGAAGCACUAAAGGUGGAAUAUUUAGCUGAAGAGGACCCACGGUCCCUUUGGGUCGCUCUAGAAGAGCGAUUCAACCAUCAGAGGACCAAUUACUUGCCGAAAGCAAGGCACGACUGGCAGAACAUACGUUUGCAAGAUUUCAAGACUGUCAACGAGUAUAACUCUGAAAUCUGCCGGAUUCGGUCACCCCUAAAAUUCUGUGGAGAAGAGUUCACAGAAGCUGAUCUAUUGGAAAAAACUUUCUCCACCUUCCCUCCUUCCUGUGUGGUCAUGCAACAACAAUACAGGGAGAGAAACUUUGCUAGAUUCUCAGAAUUGGUCACCGUCCUGUUCUCAGAAAAGAACAACGACCUACUUUUGAGGAAUGAUCAAGCAAGGCCUAUUGGCACUAGAAUAAUUCCUUUACCUAAAGCAAAUGCUAUUGCCUAUCACGAAAAUAACCGUGCAAGGAGGAACUGGGGCUGUGGAAGGGAAGAAGGUCUGAACAUCUGA